CUCUUUCCGCCCAGCUCAGCGUCAUGUCCCUCAACUCGGUCGUCAAUAGGCUCGUGAGAGCAGCUGCAGGUAUCUCACAGGACAUAUCAGAUGUAGAACUCGACGCACAUGUCGCACAACUGCUUGCCGAAGAGGCCAAAGCCAAGGAGUUGAAAUGGAGUGAACUCGGCUUGACCGGCCUUUUGGGAAACUCCAUGGCCGCCGGCAGAGAUUCUCCGGACCCCUCGUUGCCGAAACCAAACAAGCGAUUCCUCGCUUCCGUAAUUCGAACAGUGGACGGCCACAACAAUGCCCUUUUGCGAUCUCAGGCCGAAGCUGCAAAACAGGCGAGGAAUGAGAGGAUGCCAGGUCCUUCAAGGGUAAACACAAUUGGAUCCAGCAGGCGGACUACUGGCGGUGCUGCUAAUCGUCUAUUCGGAGGAGCAGUGAAGGACAUGGCAAGGAACGACUCUGCAAGAACAAGGGGUAGAGAACGAGAACAUAGAGGGGAUGAAAGGACAGUAAAAAGGCAAGACGAAGAGAGAAGGGAGGGCAAAGUAAGGUCUUCUCGAUAUAACGAUGAUCUUCGUGGCGAAAAACGCCACAGGAAGAAUAACGACAGGAGACCUAUGAAUGUGGAUAAGGACAGUCCGGACAAUACUCGCGAAAGUCGGAGCGACGAUUAUGAUCGUUUUGAUAGACGGCAUGAACGUCGACGGGACCGUUCUCAUGAACGACAAGGCUAUGGAUCUGAUGAAGACCAGUCUCCAGGCAAGUUUUGGCGAGGAGACGCCGAUGAUGAUAACGAACGGAAUCGGGAAAGGCGAAGGAGAAGACAUGGUCGAGACUCAUGCUCACCUUCCCCACCUAAGCGGCGACAUUCGUCGAUCAAGUUAUCGCCAGCGCCAAAACCUCCACGAGAACCGAUUCCGCCGGCCCCGCCCCAAGAUUUAUUUGGUUCCCCCUCACCGCCACCCAUAUCCAAGAUGGACAAGUACUUUGAGUCCUCUUACGACCCGAGAUUAGAUUUACCUGCAGUUCCUGCGCAAGGAUUGGUGGCUGAAGUAGGAUGGGAUAACAUGUUGGCAAUACUCAAGGAACGCGGCAAGAAGAAACAACGAAACUCCCCGAGUUUGUUAGACGAUGAAUCUGCUCCACCACCUGGUAUCCUACCACGGAAGAGGGCAUAUUCACCCGAUACGCUUGCUCGCAAAGCUGAGAGGAAAGAACGCAAGGCAGGCAGGGAGGAAAGAAGGAAGCGGCGGGGUGAUAGUGACAGCGAAGAUGAGAAAGAUAGGGUCAAACGAAGGGAACGAAGGAAGGAUAAAGAAAAAGAGAAGGCUAAUGGCGAACAGCAGGGUGGAGGACUGCUCGGCGGAUAUGAGUACACCAAAAAGGGCAGCGUGAGAGAGUGGGAUAUGGGGAAAUAAUUAAUCGUAAGGUGACAGGAGACUGUACUGUGUAUAACCGUUGUCAUCAGUCAUUCGCAUAAAUAACAGUAUGUUAAAUCUGUACGACGUUUUCUCUACAUAUUGAUCGUAAUUACCUGUCUCUCGUUACCAUCCAACCAUAUUCUUCACCAUCUAGAGAGAUUAUGGCGCCCAGUCAGCGACAUUUGUAUCCUAUCUGUAUCCUAUCGAUUUGACACUUACUGUUCGAGCGUAAGGGAUGUAAGAAAUCGGCAACACGAAUGCACUGACAAACGUCAUGAUGAUUGAAGCAAGCAUGAGGACCGUUGCAACUAUUCUGACAGGCUUAAACAUCUUCUCAAGU